UAAAGAUAAUAAAUCAAAGAGGCAACUGAAGCAUCCGAUAGCUUCAAUGUUGGUGUUCAUGGUCGAAGCUUCCUCUUCAUGGAUGAUACUAGAUCCACCGUUGAUUAUCUCACUGUCGAUUUAAACUUUUCAUCCAAGAGUUCUAUCAGAUCUACCAUUGAAUAUCUCACUGCCGAUUUAAACUUUUCAUCCAACAGUUCUAUCAGAUCUAGCAUUGAAUAUCUCACUGCCGAUUUAAAAUUUUCAUCCAAGAGUUCUAUCAGGUCUCUUGCAGAAAAGAAAUUACUUGUGUCAUUUGCAAGCUUCAUAUACAACUAUUCUAACUGCUUGCGGAUGAAUAGAGUUUUUCUCAUUCAGUAUCCUAACCAAAGCAGGAAAAAUUGUUUUAUGAUAACGGCAAGAAAGCUUAACAUUUUUGCAACUGAUGACAUACACUCUUGACGAUGGAAGACACACCGCAAUUCCAGUUAAGAUGGUGAUGACCUUUUAAAACCCCUCUCAGCACCAAGUUAAUUUAUUCAUGUCUGCAGCAGAAUCCUACAUCGUCUGGAAGACAUUAUUUUUGACAUCUGAUUAUCAACAAAUUGUUUCUAAAUCGGGCUCUCUAAUAGUUUUUCCUUCCAAGAAACAACUUUACUUCUUGAUAGAGGCAAACUGGUAUGAUUUCUUCAUUUACCCUGCUCCUUUUUGUGUUUGUCUUUUUUUCAUGAUAAGUUUGUUUUUUUAUAAAAUAUUAUUUGAUGAUAAGAUCACAACUUCACGAGCUCGAACACUCUGUCACCCGUGAUCAAGACAGUUUUAUCCAAGGGGUGUCAAUAUAUACCUAUUGCUGGAAAACUACAUUAGGUAGAUAGGUAAAAAAUGUAUACAUAUAUUAUGUUUGGAAUCUGCUUGGCUUUUUCGUCUGUGUACUUUCUUUAUACUUUGAAUUCUCUUAGUGAAUAUCCUAACUCCAUCCAAUAGAUUUCAGGAGAACCACAAUCUUAUAAGUGAUAACCGAGUGAUCAAAUGUGUGUCAGAUCUUUCGAAAGUUUUUAUUUUAGUAGUGAAUGUGUUAUUUUCAUUAAUAGAAGAAUAAUCGACUUAAUGGCAAUGAAAAAGGGUCCUAUUUCUAUGAUUUUGUAGUAGGUAAA